AGAUACUGUGUUGAUCUCUUGGGCCUUUCCUCCUUGUUCCGUUUCCAUCUUUGUUCAAUGGCUAGUCCAAGAGUGGAAGAAUUCUCCUCUUCCACUUCUCCAUGUGCUUAUGAUGUGUUCUUGAGCUUUAGGGGCAAAGAGACCCGCAAGACUUUCACUGAUCACCUUUAUAUAGCUCUGCUGGAUGCAGGAUUUCGCACUUUCAGGGAUGAGGAGGGGAUAGAAGUAGGAGAAAACAUCAAGCUUGAACUCUGGAAAGCAAUUCGAGACUCUAGAAUUUCAAUAGUGGUGUUCUCCAAGGACUAUGCUUCUUCAUGUUGGUGUCUUGAUGAGCUUUUGAUGAUUCUCAAACGCAGGAGGGCCUCUGGACAUGAAGUUUUACCCAUAUUUUAUAACAUGGAUCCAACCUUAAUCAAGAAGCAAAAGGAAAGGUAUAUGGAAGCAUUUGCUAGGCAUGAGGAGCAAUUCGUAGGUGAAGUGGAUGAAAGAAAAGUUGAGUGGGUGGACAAAUUGAAGGAAUGGUGGGCAGCUCUUGAAGAACUUGCGGAUUUGGGAGGAAUGGUUUCCAAAGAUCAAGAUGAUGGGGAUGAGUCAAAGUUUAUCCAGAAAGUUGUUAAAGUAGUUCAAGACAAAAUCAAUCGCACAAUCUCGAGUGUUUCCCCUUACUUAAUUGGAACGCAUACUCGUGCAGAAGACAUCAACACUUGGUUACAAGAUGAAUCUAGUGAUGUUGGCAUGGCAGCCAUUUGUGGGAUGGGCGGAAUAGGGAAGACUACGAUAGCUAAAAUGGUGUACAAUUUAAACUUCUCAAGUUUUGAAGGUGUCAGCUUUCUUGCAAAUAUAAGAGAAAUUUCAGGACAACCCAGAGGUUUAAUUCGUUUGCAAAAAAAACUUCUUUCAGAUAUUCUAAGGGGGAGAAAAGAAAAAGUAUAUAGUAUUGAUGAAGGGAUUGUCAAAAUUAAAGCUGCCCUAUAUUGCAAAAGAGUUCUUGUGGUCCUUGAUGAUGUUGACAAAAUGGAGCAAUUGGAUGCAAUACUAGGAGUGCGAGAUUGGUUUUCUCAAGGAAGUAAAAUCAUAAUUACAACCAGGCAUGAGAGGUUACUAAGGGCUCAUGAAACUUGCAGGAUGUACAGGAUUGAAAAAUUGGAUGUUGCAGAAUCACUAGAGCUCUUCAGUUGGCAUGCCUUUGGAAAAGACCAUCCCACUGAUGAUUAUGAGUCAGAUUCUAGAAGGAUCGUGCACUACUGUGAAGGGUUGCCAUUAGCCAUUAAGGUUUUGGGUUCUUCUUUAUCUGGAAAAAGCCUAGAUGUAUGGAAGAGUCAUUUAGAAAAACUAAAAGCAGUUCCAAACAGUAAAGUACUUGAAAAGCUCAAAAUAAGCUAUGAAAAUUUGCAAGAUGAGCAUGACAAAAAUUUGUUCCUCCAUAUUGCUUGUUUCUUCGUUGGGAGGGAUAAAGAUUGGACAGUUCAAGUCCUAAACGAGUGUGACUUUUACGCGACAAUUGGAAUCCACAAUCUUAUUGAUAGAUGCAUGUUAAGUAUUGAUUUCCGGAAUAAGUUGAGAAUGCAUCAAUUGAUUCAAGACAUGGGAAGAGAAAUUGUUCGGCAAGAAUCGCCAUAUGAGCCAGGUAAGCGCAGUAGAAUAUGGAAUCAUGAAGAGUCCUUUGAUGUCUUGGCAGAAAAAACUGGUGCUGAGAAAAUAGAAGGCCUCAUUCUGGACAUGAACUUGGUGAAGGGUAAUGAAUUUCGCAAGAAAGUUAUUCGUAUUAAUAAAAAGCGUUCGUUUGAAGUAUUCAUGGAAACCUCAAUGUUGUUUGAUCGAUGCAAUUCACCAAAACGACAAUGUUUUUCCUUGUUCUCCUGGAACCCAGUAGGGGUUGCUGAAGGAAAUUCUAGCGAAGUAGUUUUUGAAACCAAUGCAUUUUCAAAGAUGUGCAACCUAGGACUUCUGCAGCUCAAUUUUGUACAACUCAGUGGCAGCUUUGAAAAUUUUCCUAAAACAUUAAGGUGGUUGUGUUGGCAUGGCUUCCCUUUUGAAUCUAUACACAAUGACUUCCAAUUGGAUAACGUGGUGGCACUUGACAUGCGUUACAGCAGGUUGAAAAAUGUUUGGGAUGGAAGAAAGUGUUUUAGUUCAUUGAAAAUCUUUAAUCUAAGUCACUCUCAUUUCCUUGCCAAAACUCCUGAUUUCUCACUGGUCCCCAAUCUUGAGAGACUAAUUCUUAAAGAUUGUGUGAACUUGGCUGAGGUUCAUGAAUCUAUUGGAAACUUAAAGGCACUUGCUGUCAUGAUCCUAAAAGAUUGCAGAAAUCUGAGGAAGUUGCCAACAAACUUCAUUAUGCUAAAAUCUCUUGAAAAGCUUGACAUAUCUGGUUGCUCAAAUCUUGAUGAGUUGCCAACAGGACUGAGGAAUAUGAAAUCUUUGAAAGUGUUCCUUGCUGACAGAAUUGAUACAAGUCGUUUGCUCUCAACCACUGGGGAGCCAAAAUCAAGACAUGCAUUUCUUUGGUCUUUGGUACAAAGGUUUGGAAGAGUUCCACAGUUCUCAGAGUCUCCUUUGCCGAGUUCAUUAGUACGUUUGAGUCUUGAAAACUGCAAUCUCUCUGAUGAUGUUUUCCCCAGGGAUUUUAGUCACUUGAACUUGUUGAGGGAUUUGAACCUUGGAAGAAAUCCUAUCCGUAGCCUACCAGAAUGCAUCAGUGGACUUAGUGCACUAUGUAUUCUACGCUUAGAAUCAUGUACAGAGCUUCAAUCUCUUUUGGAGCUACCAAGCUUGGAAAUAUUGCGAGUGCCAGAGUGCACAUCUUUGCAAAGGAUAACUUAUCAGUCAGGUAUGUCCGAACCGCAAAUCAUAGAAACAACAAAUUGUGGGAAACUGGUUGACCUAGAGGGUGACAUCAAGCUUGAGCCUAUAGGAAAUGUAGAUGCGGAAGUCAUAAAAGUUCUGGGCUUGCACAACGUGCAAUCUAUGACAAACGUUGAGAUGGACUUUUUCAAUGGCGUCUCAGCAAAUUGCACCUCAUCCGGCAGAAUUGAGAGGCUUCCUAUUCAGGGGAUGCAUGAAAAGGGUAUAUUCAGCACAUUUUUUCCUGGAGGCGAGGUUCCAGACUGGUUUAGCAAUAAAAGUGCAGGGUCCACAAUAUCUUUUACCGUGUGCUCAUUUCCCAGUUGCAGGUUCCGAGGCUUGAACUUCUGCUGUGUCUAUGCACUUUCCAAUAAAGAGGAGAUUUGUUGGCCUCCUCCAUUGUUUGCUAAAGUUUGCAAUAAGAGCAAGGAUCUCAAGUGGAUAUAUGGUCCGCGUGGCUUUGUCAUUCCAAAAGCUGGAGAAGAGGUGAUAUGGUUAACCCACUGGAAGCUUGGGAAUUAUUUGGACGCAGGUGAUGAAGUGACUGUUAAUGUAGUAGUUGAUGUUGGUUUUGAAGUGAAGGAGUGUGGCAUAAACCAUGUGUGUGUGCAAGAUCAAGAGGUCAUGGAGAAAGCCUCUUUUGAUCACUCUCGUUUGGAUGCCUGUAUUUUUGGAAGUAUCCCACGGGUUUCUAGUGUAACUAUUAAUGGGGCAACUUUCCUCAGCAAUCAUGCCAAUUACUCCCAGGGAAGGUAUUCAAUAUCACACCACAUUUCUGGAUUUGAUUGGUCCCAAAAAUUGUUCGAAGAUUCCACAGAAAAAACUGGACAAGUGGUAAUACAAUAUGGGAAUGAGAUUUUCAGGCUUCCAACCGGGGUAGCAAGGAAGCAAACUCACCCCCACCACGUGCAGGAAUUGGAAAACUAAACUAGACAUGGGUGAGUGAUCUGGGGCUCUCUUCAGCUGCCAUGGCAUGCAUUUGGACAUCAGAACAUCACCAGCCCUCCAAUGUGCGGUUUUUGUGUUCCCAGGCUUCCUAUUUGGAGGAAAGCACAAAAUUUAUAUACAUGUAGGUCUAUUUUUCAGGGGUUUUGGGGCCAUCUUGUUGGCAUCAUUUGUAAACCUCAUUGUCAAUUUUAACUCCUGGGAUUAGGCCAUUUUGUGUGUGAUUUGGUUUUUGUUAUGUCUUCAGCCGUAUGGCAGGUGAGAAGCUGAAGGUUUAGUGAAAAAAGAUCUGGAUUAGGCCUUGGAUUUGAUCAUCAGAA